AUGUCUUCGGAUGAUAACGAGCCUAAAGUCAUAGUUUUGGUGAUAGGGGUUUCUUCUUCAGAGAGUGAAGCUGGUAUAAAGCUAUCUUCUUUAUCCUACUCGUCAACAAAAGCACCACCUCCUGAGUCGAGCAUUUGGCUAUCCGACAGGUAUAAUAGUGAUCUACAACAAGAAUUUUUCGCUACUCUUGUCUAUGGCUACAAUUUGUUAGUCGAUAGAAAGGAGCUCUGGAAUAAGAUUUCUAAUCUUUGCCACCUUAGAGAUCCUUGGAUCAUUUUUGGAGAUUUCAAUGCUAUGUUUAACUUCCAAGAUCGAGUUGGGGGAAAGAAAAUUUCAACUAAAGAAAUUGAAGAUGCUCAAAAAUGGCUUUCAUGUGGUCAAGUGGAUGAGCUCAAAUGUUUGGGGGUUCAUUAUUCUUGGUCUAAUAAACAUGAGGCUGGUGACAAGAUUUUUUCUAAGCUUGAUCGAGUGUUCACUAAUAACACUUGGCUAAUUUCAUUUCCCAAAAUAGAGGCAUGCUUUAAAUGGGAGUGCAUUUCAGAUCACAGUUUUUGUGUAAUAAAAAGUAAUGAUGUGGAGACUGUGGGGUUCAAGCCGUUUAGAUUCUAUAACCAUUGGCUCUACUACCAUGGUUUCAAGGAAGCAGUGUGGAGGAGUUGGACAAAUUCCCUUAACCAAGCUAGUCUUGUUGGCAUAAUGCAGAGGCUUGUUCGAGUCAAACAGACUUUGAGAAGGUUUAGCAGAAAAACAAUGGGAGAUGUUAUUGCUGAGUUUAAAUAG